ACAGCAAAAUGCUUCCAGCAAUAUUCCAUGCCUUUUGGUGGUCGUGCGUCGGCGGUUGCCUUCAACAGGUGUGCUCGUGCCAUACAGUGGUUGGCGCGCCAGAUCUUCAUCAUCCUUUCAUGUUAUUACGAUGACUAUGUGAACGUCAGCCCUGAGGAGAGGGCCAAAAGCUCGGAAGAGGCCUUCGCGAUGUUGCUUGAUCUGUUGGGUUGGCGCUAUGACAAGGACGGUGCCAAGGCUGACGCCAUGAGUGACCGAGUGACAUCCUUCGGGGUUGAUUUUGACUUGGGGGGUCGACUCACCUUUGCGGAGGGGCAGCUCUUCGGCAGGACUUCUCGUGCCUUCUGCAAUUCGCUUACACAGCAUUUGUUCCGUGGUCCUCUUGAUGGUAGCCUUAAUGACGAGUGCCUGCAACAAGAUCUGAUGGCUUUCAAGAGUGCUUUUUCACAAGACAAGCCAAAAUGCGUGGAUGCUCGGACUCGGGAAGUUUUGUACCUUUUCACUGAUGCCCACUUCGAAGGUGGGCAGGGUGGCCUUGGAGCCGUCCUUUACGAUGAGAGUGGCAACGUCGUUUCUUGGUUCGGUACCGCGCUGGGGCCUAGAGAGUGCGAAGCCUUAAAUGUUGAGGAUAAAGACCAAAUCAUCACCGAGCUUGGGGCUCUUGCAGUUCUGGCCAGCUUGAGGUUGUGGAAAG